GCUUUUUCCUAUCUGACACUCCAAGACAAGUUGCACUUUUCAAAGCUACGCCCUCCCCCUCCACCCUCCCACACUUCGAUCGGCGUCUUCAAUCUACGCCUCGUCUGUGCAAUCUAGCCUUUCUACUCUCCCACCAGCUUUCUCGACGACGACGACGACUACGACUACCCCAAGCUUCUCACUCACCGAUCGGAAAGGGUAUGGCUAUGGCGGCUGUCUGAUGAGCCUGGUCUUGCUUCGUAUGGUUGUGAAAUGAGAUGCCUCGGGGAUUUUUGAAGCCGACCAAGUGCCGAAAAGGAUUGUGAGGUCUGAGAGGUGCUAGAUCGUGAGGAAGUUUUUUUGGGGUAGAGAAAGCAUUGACAGGGUUUUAACAAGUAUGGAAGACUCUAGCUCCGACUCACCACCAGCCAGGGCGUUUAAUGGCAUGUCUGUGUUUCCCUUGACGGAGAUGGUAAUUGAUGGGACGUCGGAGGUUUGGCCAACCUUUGGACGACCUAUUUCUGUUUCCGCAGUCCUGAAGAUGGAUCGACAUGGGUCAUUUGUGGAAUUUUCUCGGAUUCCGCCACCAGGAGCUGAGGUCGAGAAGGUGGAGCUCUUCACAAGGUGCUAUUUGCAUUUGUCGCAGGUCAUGAAAGCAGGGCCGAAGCUUCAGAUGUGGACUGUUAAUGACUCAGAGGAUACCGACGGACCUUCCAAGAUGCUAGCCUUUGGAUUACAAUUCGGUUUGCAGAAAGAGAAUGAUGAAUUUCACUCCGCGAUUCAAGAACACAGGAACAAUGCUACAAAGCUAGAGACUGUGGAUUCUGGCACCAUGAGCAUAUCGACUGAGAACAAAUUCGAAAGAAAGAUUGAGUCAUCGUCCGCUAAAAUGUACUUUCAUUAUUAUGGACAGUUGUUACAUCAACAAAAUAUGAUGCAGGACUAUGUCCGAACAGGUACAUACUACGCAGCUGUUAUAGAAAAUCAUGCAGACUUUGAAGGUAAAAUUGUGGUUGAUGUUGGAGCUGGCAGCGGGAUUCUGUCACUUUUUGCGGCUCAGGCAGGUGCGAAGCAUGUUUAUGCUGUGGAGGCUUCAGCUAUGGCAGAAUAUGCGCGCAAACUUAUUGCUGGGAACCAUCCUCUGAGCCAACGCAUUACUGUUAUCCAUGGCAAAGUUGAGGAGGUUGAGCUCCCAGAGAAAGCAGACAUUCUAAUCUCAGAACCUAUGGGGACUUUGUUGGUGAAUGAACGGAUGCUAGAAUCAUACAUAAUUGCUCGUGAUCGAUUCCUAGUGCCAAAUGGCAAAAUGUUUCCCUCCAGAGGAAGGAUACACAUGGCUCCCUUCAGCGACGAAUAUCUAUAUGGCGAAAUUGCAAAUAAGGCCUUGUUUUGGCAGCAGCAAAGCUACUAUGGAGUGGAUCUCACUCCGUUGCGUGACACUGCUUUCCAGGGGUAUUUCUCGCAGCCUGUGGUAGAUGCGUUUGAUCCAAGAUUAUUGAUUGCACAGCCUAUCAUGCACAAUAUUGACUUCCUAACUGCAAAGGAGGAGGAUCUUUACGAGAUUGAUAUUCCGCUGGAGUUCAAGUCAUCAGUUGCUGCGCGAGUACACGGCUUGGCAUGUUGGUUUGAUGUUCUGUUUGAUGGCAGUACUGUUCAGAGAUGGUUAACAACGGCUCCUGGAUCUCCCACGACACAUUGGUAUCAGAUUCGAUGCGUACUUUCACAACCACUUUAUGUGCUGGCUGGCCAACCUAUUACUGGUCGUCUUCAUUUGAUUGCACAUAGUUCUCAAAGCUACACCAUUCACCUCACUAUGUCAGCGUCCUCAAUUAUACCAGGCUCGAACCGUGUUGGAACGCUUCAAACCUCCACAGCGAAGCUGGACUUGAAAGAGCCAUACUAUCGUAUGACGCAGUCCCCAGCAUUCGCAUGGUCUCAACAAGAGCAACAGCAGCAGGUUGAAGAACUUCCUGCCCCGCAAGGCGUAGUCAUGAUGCAGCAACCAUUUUCCGCAGACAAUGAAGAUGUCAACCAAGAUCUUCAAUCUCAACAGUUUGUAGUAUCGAAUGGGUUACAACUUCCUCAACACAAUCCACAACAACUUCAACAGUAUCAACAGCAGAAUUUUUGGUCCUCUUAACUACAAAUCAUGAUUAAUCAUUGUGGAAUCUCCUGCCCUUCGGAUUCUGAUCAAUUAUCAGAAACACGUCUUGUUGGAUUAGGCUCCUCAUUGAAUGAUGAUGUAGAAGCUUUAUUCUCUGUGCGUCAUUAUCUCAAGUCAGAUUGUUGAGGAAUCACUUGUAGAGUGAGUUUAUUGAUAUGUGGCUGUUUAGCAAGGGAGGUACUACAAUGCAUUCUGCUUCUGAUCGAGUUCAUUGAAAUACUAGGGAAAGAAAAGCUGGAUGUAGCUUUGAUGUUGAUUGAAAGUGACCUUAAGUUGAAUGACCUCGCCACUUUAGGCACUUUUUACACACAUGAAACAUAGUAUGGGAUUGAAUUGGAUUGACUCUC